AUGGAAUCUUUCAAGCAGCUCAUCCUCGCCAACCUCAACGACAAAGACAUUCACAUUCGCGAAGCGGCGGGCAAAGCGCUCUCUGCUUGUUUGCUUCUCAUGCAGCAGCGCGAAAACCAAAAGCGAAACGACUUCUACCACAAAUUCUUAGAGCCCGUGCUGAGUCUUCCGAACGACAAUCGAAGCGAGUCCAUUCACGGAUUUCUCAUCGCCAUCGAUUCGUUUCUGAAGAAUUCGAUGGAAUUCAGCAGCAUGUACAUCGACCCCAUCUACCCGAUGAUCCGCUCCUACUUCAAUUCGAAGGAAGUGUACAUCAAAAAGGCCGUCAUCCACUUGAUUCCGGUGAUUUUCCGAGUGAUGAAGCUCUACGCGAUCUCGUUUUUGACCGACGAAUAUCGCGACGAAGCGUUCAAAUAUCUGAUGGCCUGCACAGCGCGCGACACAUACCGAGGCGACGCAUUGAAAGCCGUCGGCGAGUUGGCGAUGGUUCUCCCCGAAGACGCGUAUCUUCGAAUCAACGAGAUUGUGGACGUGAUCAAGGAGAAUCUCGUGUCCAAACGGUCGAAUUCGAUCGAAGUUCUGAUCGCUAGGCGCGGCGACAACGUGAAAGACGCGCUCGACUGCUUCACGCACAUGUCCUGCGCGCUCAAAGAGCAAUUCACCGACAAGAUUUCGCUCCUCUGCAAGGACCUCUUCGCCGCGGGGAUCAGUCGGACGCUGAUCGAAGCGCUCCGUGAGGUGUCGUCGCACACGGAAAACAGUCUCAACCUCGUGCAGAAGCACUUGCUGGAAGAGCUGGGCCGCGUGCUGGGCGGAUCGUCGCACACCGAGCACUCCUUGCCCAGCUUCAACUUUCAGUCGCAGCAGAAGCGCAUGCUGAGCGCGCCAGAAUCGCGGUUAUCGUCCUCCACGCCGCCGUCGAACGUGCUGCUGGCGCUGGGCGCUCUGGAAAUCUUCGACUUCUGCGAUAUGAACUUGUUCUCGUUCGUGACGGCGCACGUGAUGCCGCACGUGGACAGUCCGAGCGAGGAAAUCCGCUGCGCGGCAGUGCGCGUGGCGUGCAAGCUUCUCCUGCCGAAACACCCGCGCAUCGUGAACCACAACCAGUUCCAGCAGGCGUACAACCAAGUGCAGAAGCUGAUCUCGGUGGGCCUGUCGGACCGCGAGGUCUCGGUGCGAUCGUGCUUGCUGAACGCGCUGGACAAGCGGUUCGACCCGUAUCUGAUCCAAUCGGAGAACGUUUCCUUUUUGCUGAUGGCGCUGCAUGACGAGAAGUACGAAAUUCAGCGAGCCGUGCUGAAGAUUAUCAGCCGACUCUCGCCUGCGAUUCCUGGCGUGGUGACGAACGCGGUGCGACAGUUGAUUCUGGAUCUGCUGCGAGCGUUGGAAUACUCGCAGGAAACAUCCACGAUUAUCGAGUCGGUGAAGCUCCUCGGAUUGUCGAUUCAUUCCACCUCGAGUUUGAUUGAGGCGUAUGUGAAUCCUGUGUUCGAGCUGUUGGUGAAUCAUCUGAAGACGAUUCAGCAUGGUGAGUGUUUGGAGUGGAAAUUGAGGAUAGAUAAUAUUAAGAUUGCGUUUUUGGAGACGCUUUCGCUGUUGGCAGAAGUCGGUUCUCCCGAGUUAGCGAAGCAUAACGAUGUGUUGAUGCCGAUUAUCAUCGAGGCCUUGAAGCAGAGCAACGAGCUCCGCGAAGCGGGUCUUGUGCUAUUAGAGAAGUAUUCGUUCUGCACGGGAUAUGUGAUCGAACCGUAUCUCCAGUACUCCUCUCUGCUCGACCUUCUGCUGAACCAGUACAAUCGGUCUGGAAACGCGUCCUACACGCUCAAUGAAAGCGUGAUGCGCUGUCUGGGAGGCCUCGGCGCGAUCGAUCCGUUUAUCUACAAGAAGAACAGCAAGCAAACGUCCAAAUCCGAUCUGCAAGUUGUGUCGUACGACGAUCUGCAAGAAGACCAGCGUCCCUUGCUGUGUCCCUGCGAAGAGCGUGAUUUGAUUAUUACGCUGGAGGCGAUUAUGAGCGCGUUCCAAGACGCGACGUAUUCGGAAUAUCGAUUCACUGCGUUCGAUGCGUUGACGACCGUGAUCACAAAGCCGAACUCCUCAUCCUACCAGUACCUCUCUCUGGUGGUCCCUCCGUUCAUUCGCAUGAUGCAGAGCAAGCAGUGCGACUCCGCGAGCUUCCGCCGCACGGUGUACUUCCUCAACGACCUCGUGAAGACCGUGAAGGAGCACAUUCGCUCCUACCUUCCGGACAUUCUCCGCUCCAUGGAGCCGUUCUGGGACACCAACCAGUUCGAGAUCCUCAUCUUCAUCCGCGUCUGCAGCAGCUGCUUCCACAGCGAGUUCAAGCUCUACCUGGUGUACGUGAUGCCCCGCAUGCUGUCCAUUCUGUCGGAGAGCGCGCCGGAGAAGCGCCGCGCGGCCACGGAGAUCGUGCACUGCCUCCACUGCAUCGUUCCCUCGCUGGACAACUACCUCAACGUGGUGUUCCCCGGACUGAUGCGGUUCAUCGAGAACAACGAGCACGUCGAGGCCUCCGAGCGCGAAGGCGUGAAAUGCCUGAAGCGGAUCGUGAACGAGCUGGACGUGUCGCUGUACACCUCGCAGAUCAUCAUGCCGCUGCUGCGCGUGCUGUCGAAGGAUUACUGCUGCGUGACCGACGAUAUCAUGGACGUGAUCUGCUCGGUAAUGUGCCAGAAGCAGCAGGAGGCGUAUAUCUAUCUCUCCGCGAUCAACAAGGUGGUUUCGGAGAAGAAUAUCAACUAUCCGGACUUCCAGAAGAUCUCGAACAUUCUGUAUCGUGGCGGUGUGUUGGCUCCCCGCGAUUAUAGCUUCGACCAAAAGGACGAUUCGGUGGUCCAUCCGGAGGAGCAAGUGGCUCCUCGCCAUCACAACGGCGACAUGACGGCGCUGCAGACGCUGUGGCGGCAGGCGGUGAAUCUAACGACGAAGGACGAGUGGAUCGAGUGGAGUCGUCGCUUCACCAUCACGCUGAUCAAAGAAUCGCCCGAUUUCUCGAUCCGAUCGUGCCAUGCGCUGGCGCAGACCAGCCAGAUCUUCGCGAACGAGCUCUUCAACGCCGCGUUUAACUCGCUGUGGAACGAGCUGCCCGCUGCGUAUCGCGCGGAUUUGGCGAGCUGCUUCAAGCAGGCGUUCAAUUCGAAGCAGCCCGUGCCCCCGGAAAUCACGAUGAAGAUUCUGUCGCUGGCGGAGUUCAUGGAGCACGACGAGGAGAUCGUGCUGCAGAUGAGCAAGGACAUCGUGCUGCCGCUGGACAUCGGGAUUCUGGGCGAUCUGGCGAUGAACAACAACGCCUACGCGAAAGCUCUCCACUACAAGGAAAUGGAGUACGAAACGACGCCGGAUUCCUGCAUCGAGACGCUCAUCCAGAUCAACAACCAGCUCCACUACCCCGACGCGGCCGUGGGCGUGCUGCGCUACUCCCAGAAGUACUACGAGGACAUCACGGUGAUGGACGAGCUGUACGAGAAGCUGGGUCGCUGGGAAGAAGCCUUGGAGGCGUACGAAAGCAAGCAGGUGAACCGUCCGCUGGAAACGGAGCUGACGAUGGGCCGAAUUCGCUGUCUGAACGCGCUGGGCGAAAGCGAGAUGGUUCUCCGCGUGAUCCAGCGCGCCGAGGACAAGCUGGGCGACUGCGGCCAGGCCGAAACGGCCGCGGUGUACGGCGCGAAGGCUGCGUUCGAUCUGGGCGAUUGGGAGCUGCUGCGCAUGUUCAUAACGAACGCGAGCGCGCACUCGACGGAGAUCUCGUACUACCAAGUGGCGCUGUACAUCCACGACCGCGAAUACGAGAAGGCGGAGAAGCUGAUUUCCGAGACGCGCAACGCGAUCAGUCGGAUCCUGGCUCCGAUCAUCAGCGAGGGCUAUGACCGAAUUUAUAGCCACGUGACGCAGCUGGAGGAGCUGAAGGAGCUGGAGGAGAUCUGCUCGCUGCGAAAGAAUUACGCGCCGGAGAGCCCGGACUAUUUCCCGGCUGCCCGGCACCUCGUCACGAUCUUCAACAAGCGACUGGACGGCGUGCAGCGCGACGUUUCGGUGUGGCACGGGCUGCUCUCGCUGCGGAAACUGUUCGUCGAGCAGAAAAACCCGCGCAGUCCGGAGCCGAAGCGAUCGUACGAGCUGGAGCCGCUCAACGAGGACGAUCGGAGCAGCUACGACGCGCUGUGCUCGUACCACCAUUGGCUGAAGUUCAUCUCCUUGGCGCGAAAGAGCAACCGGCCGGCUCUGGCGCUCCGCACGCUGGAGUCGCUGGGAAUCGACAUCAAGUCGUGCCCUCGGCUGGGCGCCAACCCGAACGAUGAGAACGACGCGUACGCGGAGGUCCGCUACGCGUACCACAAGUUCCUCUAUGAUCAGGGCCUGACGAAAGAAGCCAUUCGACGCCUGCGGAAGCUGGUGGACGAGGACUCGCCGAAGGGGUCGAAGCUGCUGUAUCAGAGCGUGGAUCAGGAGGAGCAGAUGACGGUCCGCGUGCGAAUGCGACUGCGGCUGGCGCAGUGGAUUCUGGACGAGAAUCAUCGCAAUCUGAGCCAUGAAGUGGUGAGCGAUAUCGCGACGAUCAUCGACGAGUGCUCGCAGUUCAACCAGGACCACAAGGCGUACCACGAGAUCGCCAUGCUCCACAUGACGUGCGCGGAAUACUACAACCGACUCAACACGGAGGAGGCGCACAACGAAGUCACCGAUCAUCUCAAGGGCGCGAUCGGGAGUUUCUUCGAUGCGAUCUCGCUGUCGAAGGACAAGAACUCGUCGCUGGUCCUGCAGGACAUUCUCCGCCUGAUCACGCUGUGGUUCACCUACGGCAACCGCGAGAAAGUCAUCAAUGCGAUCAACUGCGGCUUCAAUAUCAUCUCCAUCGACACGUGGCUGUACGUGAUUCCGCAGCUCGUCGCGCGAAUCCACAUCAAAGAGAGCGGCGCCAAGCGUCUUCUCAUCAAUCUCCUCGUGCAGCUGACCAAGGCGCAUCCGCAAGCGCUCGUCUACCCGCUGACGCGGAGCACGCGGUCCGAAACCAAGUCGCGGCAGCGCGCCGCGCUGGAAGUGCUGAGCCAUCUGCGUCGCGAUAACUCGGUUUUGGUGAACGAAGCCGAUCUGGUGAGCAGCGAAUUGAUCCGCGUGGCCGUGCUGUGGACGGAGAAAUGGAGACGUGGCAUCGAGGAAGCGUCCACGCAGUAUUACGAGUUCCGCAACGUGCACAAGAUGCUUCUGAUUUUCGACGACCUGUACCGAACCAUCGGCGUGCCGUCCGAAACGCGCAUCGAGGACUACUUCCACCGCAUGUACGAGCGGCAGAUUCAGAGCACGCGCGAAUAUCUGCUCCGCUACAUCGAGACGAAGAACGUGACGGACAUCGAAAGCGCCUGGAAGGACCUCAACGAAAUCUACAAGCAAAUGACCCGCUCAAUCAAGCUCGUCACGGAGCUCGAGCUCGACUCCGUCAGUCCCAAGCUCCUCAACAUCAAGAACCUCAUGAUCGCCGUGCCCGGCACGUAUUCUCCCGACAAGAAAUCGGAGAUCGUCCGGAUCAAGCAGUUCUGCCGCAUCCUCUCGGUGUUGCCCAGCAAGCAGCGGCCGCGCAAGAUCACAAUCUUCGGGAAUGACGGGCAGAAGUACGAGUUUUUGCUCAAGGGGAACGAGGAUCUCCGGCAGGACGAGCUGGUGAUGCAGCUGUUCACGAUGGUGAAUCGGCUGCUUGCCGCGAAUCCGGAGACGUGCCAGCAGGAACUGUUCGUGCGGACGUACAGCGUGACGCCGUUCAGUGACAGCUGCGGCAUGGUGAGUUGGGUGGAUCGCCACGACACGCUGCACGCGCUUAUUAAGAUGUACAGGCAAUGCAAGCGCGCAGAUCUGGGCGCGGAGCGCAAUCUGAUCGCGAAGUACGCGCCGAUGUACGAAGAAAUGAUGCCGGUUCGACGCGUGGACGUGUUCAACACGCUUAUGAACGAGACCAUCGGCGACGAUCUGAAGUCGGUUCUCUGGCUGCGCAGCAAGAGCAGCGAGAAGUGGCUGCUGCGCCGGACGAACUACACGCGCUCGCUGGCGGUGAUGAGCAUGGUGGGGUACAUUCUGGGCCUGGGCGAUCGCCACCCGUCGAACAUCAUGAUCAAUCGCGCCACGGGGUCCAUCUGCCACAUCGACUUCGGCGACUGCUUCGAGGUCACCAUGGUGCGCGAGAAGUUCCCCGAGCGCGUGCCGUUCCGACUGACGCGCAUGCUGGUGAAGGCGAUGGAGGUGGGCGGCGUGGAGGGCACGUUCCGCAGCACGUGCGAGAACGUAAUGAGCGUGAUUCGGCAGAACGAGGACUCGCUCAUGGCCAUUCUCGAGGCGUUCGUGCACGAUCCGCUCAUGAACUGGAAGCUGACGGAGAAGACGCCGGAGAACACCGCGUCGGAGCAGGACGGCAGCGAGAUGAUCAAGCUGGAGGCGAACACGAAGGCGACGACGGUGAUUUCGCGCGUCCGCGACAAGCUCACCGGCAACGACUUCUACCAGGACGAGAAGAUCUCCGUGCAGGAGCAGGUGCGGAGGCUCAUUACGCAGGCGACGUCGCGCUAUAACUUGUGCCAGAGCUAUCUGGGAUGGUGGGAGAACGUGAUGAUGGGGAUGAUGUGUAGGUGCCCAUUCUAUUGA